AUGGAUGUAAUAAUCUCAGCAAUAUCUUCGAGGCCGAUUGAGAAGGUGAUAGUUCAUCCGCUUGUGCUUUUGAGCAUCGUAGACCACUACAAUAGAGUUGCAAGAGACACAAGGAAACGUGUUGUCGGGGUUUUGCUUGGAACUUCUUUUAAAGGCACUGUUGAUGUUACUAAUAGCUAUGCAGUGCCCUUUGAGGAGGAGGACAGGGACCCUAGUAUUUGGUUUCUUGACCAUAACUAUCAUGAAUCAAUGUUUUCCAUGUUCCGUAGGAUAAACGCAAAGGAGCAUGUUGUUGGUUGGUAUAGCACUGGUCCCAAACUUCGGGAAAAUGACCUCAACAUUCAUGGGCUUUUUAAUGACUACGUCCCUACUCCAGUCUUGGUUAUAAUUGAUGUCCAGCCUAAGGAGCUAGGAAUACCAACUAAGGCAUACUAUGCAGUUGAGGAAGUUAAAGAGAAUGCAACUCAGAAAAGCCAGAAUGUGUUUGUGCAUGUACCUUCAGAAAUCGCUGCUCAUGAAGUUGAAGAAAUCGGUGUUGAGCACUUGCUAAGGGAUGUGAAAGAUACAACUAUCAGUACCCUUGCAACUGAGGUAACUGGGAAACUGGCAGCUUUGAAGGGAUUGGAUGCUCGACUUCAAGAGAUACGGAGUUAUUUGGAUGUUGUCAUUGAUGGGAAGCUCCCCUUGAACCAUGAGAUUCUAUACCAUUUGCAGGAUGUUUUCAAUCUAUUACCCAAUCUAAAUGUUGCUGAAUUAGUAAAAUCAUUUUCAGUGAAAACGAAUGAUAUGAUGUUGGUCAUAUAUCUAUCUUCACUUAUCCGAAGUGUAAUUGCUCUCCAUAACUUGAUCAACAACAAGAUGCUUAACAAGGAACACGAAAAGGCUGAGGAUUCGAAGCCUCGUGCAGUGCCAACUACAGCUGGAAGCUAAGCAAUCCACCCUCCCAAUUCUCUUUGGUGAUCCACUACCCAGCACUUGCAGCUAGUUGCAAUUGGAACCUGAAUCUGCUUUGUGACAAUCUCGCCCAUGGAGGAACUCUUAAUGUUUUCUUAUCUGCUCUGUUUUAGGUUUGUUCCUCCAGAUUUUAGAUGUUUUUGUCCAGUGGGAUUUAGAUCAAGUGAUGGACGACAUAUCAUCUUCUUUGUAUUAACAGAUCAAACUUGUUCCCUU